CACCAACAGACAAAAUGGUUCCUGCUAUCAAGCUCAACUCCGGCUUCGACAUGCCCCAGGUCGGCUUCGGCCUCUGGAAGGUCGACGGCUCCAUCGCUUCCGAUGUCGUCUACAACGCUAUCAAGGCAGGCUACCGCCUCUUCGAUGGUGCCUGUGACUACGGCAACGAGGUUGAGUGCGGCCAGGGUGUAGCCCGCGCCAUCAAGGAGGGCAUCGUCAAGCGCGAGGAGCUCUUCAUCGUCUCCAAGCUCUGGAACACCUUCCACGACGGCGACCGCGUCGAGCCCAUCGUCCGCAAGCAGCUUGCCGACUGGGGUCUCGAGUACUUCGAUCUCUACCUGAUUCACUUCCCCGUCGCCCUCGAGUACGUCGACCCCUCGGUUCGCUACCCUCCCGGCUGGCACUUUGAUGGCAAGAGCGAGAUUCGCCCCUCCAAGGCCACCAUCCAAGAGACCUGGACGGCCAUGGAGUCGCUCGUCGAGAAGGGUCUUUCCAAGAGCAUUGGCGUCUCCAACUUCCAGGCCCAGCUCUUGUACGACCUCCUCCGCUACGCCAAGGUCCGCCCCGCCACUCUCCAGAUCGAGCACCACCCCUACCUCGUCCAGCAGAACCUCCUCAAUCUUGCCAAGGCUGAGGGCAUCGCCGUGACCGCCUACUCCUCCUUCGGCCCUGCUUCUUUCCGCGAGUUCAACAUGGAGCACGCCCAGAAGCUCCAGCCUCUCCUCGAGGACCCCACCAUCAAGGCUAUUGGUGACAAGUACAACAAGGAUCCUGCCCAGGUCCUCCUCCGUUGGGCCACCCAGCGUGGCCUGGCCAUCAUCCCAAAGUCUAGCCGCGAGGCCACCAUGAAGUCCAACCUCAACUCUCUUGAUUUCGAUCUCUCCGAGGAGGACAUCAAGACCAUGUCUGGUUUCGACCGCGGCAUCCGCUUCAACCAGCCCACCAACUACUUCUCCGCUGAGAACCUCUGGAUUUUCGGUUAGGUCAACCUUUUCCGCAGCUUAGGGAAAAGCUGGCUUUCGCCUCCCCCCCUCCAAAAGCUUUUGAUUUCACCCCUUGAAUGUGUAUUAUACCCACAACGCAUUUUUGUAUACGCGGGCGCGUGAUUGGGGUAUGGUCGCCUAAAUUGCUACGACCUCUCACGACCCGUACACACAAUGCACACCACACGCUCAUGGAAACAUCAACAUAACCAUACCCCGACCAUUAGAGACACCGCGAAGGAGAGAAGGCUGGUCACCGUACCCUAACGACGGGAUGUGUACAUAUAAUGGGGCAUACUGUCGUUACUGCCGAGGCCCGGGGAAGGGCUGUUGGCAGAUCAACUCUCCCGGCUCUAGGCCAAUUCCUGUUUGCUUGAUAUCCUGUCAGCUAUGAAAUAGAUGGGGUAGAAUGCGAUAGAAACCAAGAUUUGACAAAUCUUUCUGUUUCGA